AUGUCUGGACCUAUGGCCACUAUGGACAGCUUUCUGCUGGAUGAGGACUUUCUAGAUUUUUACGAACCAUUGGAGUACAGUGAUGGCCUGGACAGUCAAGCGUCAAAUGAAUCAGACGAGGAAAACAUAUUCUUCUUCACAGACAAACACUCGGGCAAACCUGUGAAGAAACAACAGCAGAGGAAGGCUGCUAACAUGCGCGAGCGGCGAAGAAUGAAGUCUAUUAAUGAUGCUUUUGACAAUCUUCGGAAUUCCAUCCCCUCGACCAUUAACGCCGACAGAAGAUUGUCGAAGGUCGACACUCUUCGACUGGCUAUCCGCUACAUUGGACAUUUGUCGGAUCUGGUGCAGACCACAACUGACUUUCCAACAGAGGCGGCAAUGAAGAAAAAUAGCAGAGCCCAGGAUAAAAUCAUUGUCCGAUGUCACUUCUCUGAUAUCACGGAUGGGAUUUUAGACAACAAUGAACCACUUCUUGGUCACUCAUUGUCCUGGGAAAUCAACAAACCCAAAAACCAAACCGGAGUGAAUCGGUUCACUGCCAAAGUCUGGGUUCCGGAGAUACCUACCGAAUCCGACCUGAUUAAUAUCAGCUCCUACUCAAAUGACUUCCACCAAUACCUGUGAUGGUGUUUUCUUUUACGUCCACUAUCAUUUA